AUGCUGAGGACUGGCAAAAUUGUCAUAGUCAGGCAAGACUGUUGCCGUGAGAAGCUCCUAAAGCAUGACAUACCCGAUGAUGCCGAGGUUGUGCAGGUUUUGCGCCAGCUUCUUGACACGUUCAAGGUCAGGACCUUGCUGGACGCUCCCUGUGGAAAUAUGACCUGGAUGCCAGAAGUUAACUUAACGGGCGUGCAGUACUUUGGCGGUGACUGGUCGGCCUCGCUCGUGUCCAGGAAUCUGAAGACUUUUGCUGGAGACCCCCGGUUCGCGAACAAGUUCGGAGUCGUUGACAUCACGUGUAUGAUACCUCCACGAGUUGAUAUGAUCCACACCCGGCACGCUUUCAUGCACAUGGACUCGGGCUUAUCAUGGCGCGCCUUGCAAAAUUUUGAAAAGAGUGGCUCCAAUUAUCUUGUGAUUCCACAUUGGCCUUCUUCAGAUGGGUCAUGGCAGCAGUACCAGGCUUCACAGGCCACGUCUGGUGUGAGGGAAGAACCUCAACCGUACAAUCUGGAGCUGCCUCCCUUCUGCUUGCCUCCUCCAGUGGAUUUGAUACCAGACGCUAUGCAAAAUAGUUGGCUAGGGGUCUGGAAGCUGCCUGCGCUGGGUCGGGGGACACGGCCGGAGUGUCAGCCCGGAGGUCCAUUUGUGAGCAGGUUUUGUCCCAAGCGUUUCAGCUGUUUUCAGAACUUUCAGGAAAGGGACGAAUGCCUUACAGGGAGGCUGGGGCGGCUGGGGCCAGCCCCUCCUUUGUGCUGCAGGGCCUCAAGGCUCAUUCUUCGGUUGCACCAGUUGGACAUGCUCAACUCCUUCACGGAGCCCAGUGAUGUUCGGCAUUUGUGCAGGCAGUUCUUGCACAUGCCGAAGGGGACGCACGAAGUGGAAGACCAGCUUACGCAUUGCUCACGGGCAAUGCUGGCAAUGUCUGUAUUCAGCAACGUGGCACUGCGCACUGGACAGCAUGGCGAAAACGAGACGUGUUCGGAAUCAUCCAUACAAGCAAGGUAUCCGGCACCUCGAUUUGAAACUGGUUUUAACAAGGCGCUCAUCGACGACAACAUGUUCCGCUGGCAGUCUGCCUAUUUUCACCGUUUGCCCGCGGGCAAGGCGGCGCAGUACCGCCUGAUGGUAGCACAGCUUUUUCAGUCAAUGCGAAACCACACGAACAUGUGCUUAACGCUUGGACACAUGUGCGCUGUUUACAAUCAUUGGGAGCCGCAUCGAUGCUUUGUUCAUCAUCCAUUGGUUCAGGCUUGGUCUCCAUCGUGCAUGCGCGAGAAGCCUCGCAUCCCUGUCUUGGCAAGAGGCUGGCGAGGCGGUGUCGCCCUGGACUGGUUAGGGCUUCACGUUAAUUGUUCCAGCUCGGCACAGAUGCAGCCUGAGAUGACUCGUCGGCUGGAGUGUGCAGGCCUGGCAUGGGGGCCCGUAAUCGGUGAAGAUUACUUUGAAAGCAUCUCUCUUCUGCAGGCGGUUUCGGCUGCGACAACAUCGUUUGUAGUGGUGGAAGCAGGCUCCCAUAUGGGCUAUUGGACAUUGAAGGCUGCGAAAGCCUUCCGACGGCGCUUCCCAGAAGUGAGCAGUGCUAGUUGCCACUUGGUGCUAAUCGAGUCGACAAUUCCCACAGUCCUUGCGGCUGACAACCUCAAGCAGAAUGGGAUUUACGACUUAUGCAACAUCACCUUUUACCAAAGCUAUGCGGAUUCAGGACUGCUGGACUGGCUCAUUCAUGCUUUUGGCCGCAUUGACCUCUUGCAUGUCGACAUCCAGCGCGCAGAGCUGGAGCUGAUUGCGGGUAGCCACAACCUGCCGAAUGUCCAUCAGAUCCACGUGGGAACGCACCUGCCGAGCAUUCAUCAGAGACUGCGGGCCUGGCUACUUGUGCACGGUUUUGCAUUGGAUGCUGACUACCCUCCCAGAACUUUCGUCCGGACGCCGUAUGGCCCACUCGUUUUGGAUGAUGGCAUUCUUGCAGGGCGACAGGGAAAAAGGUAA